UCUUUCAGCGCACCGUUGAUGCAUCUGCGUAAUAUACCAUCUUUGUGGUCGGUCAGCUGAUUGAGGAAUGUUUGCGUUUACAAAACAUUACAAAGUAGCCUGGAGAAGUGUAAUUCCAAAGCAGAUACAAAGCAGCGUGUUGUUAACCGUAUAACUUGAUUGAACUGAAUAUAGUCAUCGGAAUAUGUCAACCAAUGGAUCCUGCUACAACCACAGCUCCGAUGCAGAACGACUGUGAGACAGAGUCAACUUCAAUCUGGAACUGGUGGCCUUCCUGGCGUCCAACCUCCAUGUCCCUUUUGAAGACUACAGAGUCCAAGAUUCUUGCUUGUAUUCAGAAUGACCUAUGGGCCAGGUUUGUGACCCUACCAAACCAGGAUCGAAUAUGGACUCUGACCCUUACCAACAAGGUGAUGCAAAAAACUGCAGAACAAGCCCCAAAAACUCCGCUGGUGAUGGUCCACGGCUUUGGAGGAGGGGUAGGCCUGUGGAUCAGGAACCUAGAGGCGCUGAGUCGGUCACGUCCUGUUUACGCCUUUGACCUCCUGGGCUUUGGCAGGAGCUCCAGGCCUCCCUUUCCCUCAGAUGCUAUCAAGGCAGAGGAGCAGUUUGUCAACUCUAUUGAGCAGUGGAGACAGUCUGUAGGCCUGGAGAACAUGAUUCUGCUGGGACACAGUCUGGGGGGAUACCUGGCUGCCUCGUACGCCAUCCAGUACCCGUCAAGAGUGUCACAUCUUAUCCUGGUAGACCCCUGGGGUUUCCCUGAGCAACCGCAGACACAGACCCCUGUGAGUGAAGGUCAGACAGAGGUGGUGAAGAGGCCGCCCCUUCCACGCUGGGUGAAAGCCAUUGCAGCAGUGGUUUCCCUCUUCAACCCACUGGCUGUCAUUAGAGCAGCAGGCCCAUGGGGUCCUGGCUUGGUGAACAGAUUCCGUCCUGAUUUCAAAAGGAAAUUCGAAGAUCUGUUUGAUGAUGACACUAUGACGCAGUACAUCUACCACUGUAACGCACAAACUCCGAGUGGUGAGGUGGGCUUCCGGGCCAUGUCAGAGUCUCUGGGCUGGGCCAAGAGGCCCAUGCUGCACCGGGUUCACCUGCUGCCCCCCUCCAUGCCCCUCUCCAUUCUGUAUGGAGCACGAUCCUGGGUGGAAAGCUCGUCUGGGGACAAAGUGCUCGAGAUUAGGAACCAUGCACACACCGAAGUGCUGCUGAUAAAGGAAGCCUCUCACCACGUGUAUGCUGAUCAACCAGAGGAGUUCAACAGAGUGGUGGAAAAUAUAUGUAGCUCUGUUAACUGACUGUGUGUGUGUGUAUGUGUAUGUAUGUAUGUAUGUAUGUAUGUAUGUGUGCGUAAAAGAACUGAAAGUGUAUUGAUAAUUCAUGGUGUUUUUAGCACAGUAACCUGUGCAUGUAAGGCAUGCUGGGUGGUUUCGCGUUGGGGCAAAUCGAGACGUCAUGUAGCUCAACAUGAGUUCUGAAUCCUGUUCUCAUAUUAACAAGUUAAUGAUAUUAUUGUGUUAAUGUUGUCUUUUCAUUUGUCAGCUGAUAUAUGCUUUUUUUUCAAUUUAUGGUUGUUGGUAAAUAAUUUAUUCAUGAACAUGAUUGGAUUGUUUUGUUAAUGUGUUCAUACAGAGUAAUAAUUGAACCACUUAAUUCAGUGCUAAGUUCAGUUGCCCAUUGUUACUUACUUUUAACAGUAAGUGAACCACGCACACCACUCUGGAUGCACUGGAUUUUAUGUGGUACUGAGCAGCCACAUGGCUGAUUCACUUUUAUUGUUUAUUUGUUUUUUUUUUUGUUUUUUUUUUUACAUGUGCCUGACAUGAACCUGUACUGCAUGAGAUACAUUUUACAUCUUUCACAUUGUAUUAAACAAUUUAUAUUGUA